AUGCAACGCCUCUCCAGACCCGCGCUGAGCGCUUUGCGCUCACCCGCCCUCCGGCAGGUCGCCCCUAGACGAUUCGCAUCCACGGCUUCACCGGCAGACAAGAGCAGAUCGUGGAAGAGCUCAGCACUGCGCUGGGGUCUUGCCGUCGGUGCUGUCUACUACUAUACCACCAGCUCUGUGUUCGCCGACGAGGCUACCCCUCUCCAAGCAACCUUCUCCGCCGCCCCGUCCUCGUUCCCUACAUCCGAUAACAAGCUCCCUACCGUUGAAUCUGUGCUUGAGGAGAAGCGGAAGCAAAAUACACCAUCUGCCCCCGCUGCGGAAUCGAAACCCAAGACCGAAGCGCCCAAGAACGAGCCUGACAACACUACGGAAGCCGCCCCCGCCGGAUCGCCCGCUGAUUUGGAAGAGGAGGCUGGCCAGCAGGGCGCUUUUGACCCCGAGACUGGUGAGAUCAACUGGGAUUGCCCAUGCCUCGGCGGCAUGGCUCAUGGCCCUUGCGGCGAGGAGUUCAAGGCUGCCUUCAGCUGCUUCGUUCACUCUACCGAAGAGCCCAAGGGCAUGGACUGUAUUGAGAAGUUCCAGGGAAUGCAAGAAUGCUUCCGCAAGUACCCCGAAAUUUACGGAGCCGAGCUCGCCGACGACGAGGAUGCAGAGCCUGACUUUGGUGAGGAUGCUCCCGAGCCUACCGAUGCCGCCACCCCAGCUGUCGAGAAGGUUGCCGAGCCUGAAUCAACAACUAUCGCUCCUGUAGCCGAUGAUAAGACACCCGAGCCCGAAGCCAAGACUCAGAUCGAGACUAAGUCUGAGCCCAAGGCCGCCGAAACCGAGGUCAAGGCAUCAGAGAAGACUGGCCCCAAGUGGGAGGAUGCUACAGGUGCCAACGACGCUGCUCCUGUGAAGAAGGAUUAA